GUGGGCUUGCAUCUCGGAGAUUGGGGUCUGAUCUCGGAGGUCCCCAGGAUGCCAGAUCAGGCUAAGUCCCGGCAAGACUUCACGCGAUGGAAAAAGAAGAAGCAACCCGUGCGCCGCACGGUCAGCCAGAUCUGCCCGCCGCCCCGACGGCCGCUGACCGUGGCAGACAUCCGUCCGGGCAUGGAGAACGAGAGGCUGGGGGUCGUGCGUGACUCCAUGUUUCAGAACCCGCUCAUCGUCAAGGCAGAGCUUGGCAAGCCCCGGGAGAGAAGCUGCAGCUUGCCUGGUAUCAACUUCAAUUACGGACUCUACAUCCGGGGGCUAGAUGGAGGGGUCCCUGAAGCCAUCGGGCACUGGAACGUGUUUAAGCAGCAACCCACCUGCCCCCACGAGCUGACCCGGAACUAUAUUGCCAUGAACCGUGGGGCUGUCAAAGCUGGCCUGGUGACUGCCCGGGAAAACAUGCUCUAUCGGGAACUCAAUGACAUCCGUAUCAGCGACCAGGAGGAGCGGCGACAGAAGGAGCCACCCUCUGUCCCUCCCAAUGUGACCUUUGGAAUCCGUUCACGGCCAUCCACACCCUUCUUUGACCUGUUACAACAUCGGUACCAGCAGCUCUGGGUACAGGAGCAGAAGGCCACUCAGCAAGCCAUCAAACUGGAGAAGAAACAGAAGGUGUACCUGGGGAAGCUCUACGAGACACGGAGCAGUCAGUUGAGGAAGUACAAGCCGCUUGUGAAGCUGGAUGCUCUCUGGCACAUGCCUCACUUCCAGAAGGUGGGUCCCCAUCUUGCUACAUUCCCCACGGAGGCUGAUCGCCAGCGAGCUUUUAAGGCCCACCGGGAAGAAUAUGCCGUGCGCCAGGGCACCCUGCGGAUGGGCAACUAUACCCACCCCUAGCCCCCCCGACAGGGGAGCCUCCUUGAUGCAGUAGAAAAAUCCCCAAAGAACUUACUUUGUCCCCCAAAUUCCAGGAAGACACACCCAUGUUUUGACCCAGCUUUUUGUCACAGGGACCUCAAAUUCAUGUCUUAGGCUACUUAUCUUUUUUAUAAUAACCCCGAGCCCCCAACCCUUUCUGUUUUGUCUUACCCCCAAUUUCCCUCUGCCUAGGGAGCGCCAUCUUCCUCCUCACUCUCUUCCACUUCUUCCUCUCCUCUUUCCCCCUUUCUCCUCUUCCAGGAGACCCACUCUGCUUCACAAGCCUUAGUUUACAACAUAAACCAAAAUUACAAGGAAGUUUUAAAAUAAAAAUAAAUAAAUCCAGGCUAUGAAUCAGUUUCACAGCCCUGUCAAAAGGUACCAAGAAGGCCCUGUGUUUUUUCUACAGAAAGUAUACCCCCGGCAAGCUUUGAAAGCCCUCCUUUUGUAUUCCAAACAUGAGUUUUAAUUGCCCUUCUGGGGAUGUCUGGGGUCUCAACAUAGUGGGAUUCUCUCUCUGGGACCCCGGCAGCAGGAAGAGUCUGCGGUUCAUUACUCAGGGCCAGCCCCCGCCCUCAGUGCUGUGGCCCUGUCAAUCACACGACUAGCAUGGACUUCUUCCCUUGUGCAGGGCUAGGGAUGGUGGGUGUGUGUGGGGGUGACCCCAGCAAUGGAAUAUCUCUGUACCUGAAUCUCAUCUUUCCCCGGUGUCUGCCCCCACAAAUUACA